GUGCGUCUCUUAAAAUACAAUAGGCUGAGGGAGGGAAUAGUGAAAUUGCUUGCAUUAUCCAUAAAAUUCCAUGAUCUCUACACUCUCUCCAAGUCUAACUUCCAUUCUUGCUCCCUCUACUCUUACUGCUCUCUACCUCUCUAAUGGCGUCCUCUCUCUCCUCGCCACCCCACUACUUGUCGACUUCACUUACAUCACUUAAACGCCCAUUUCUACCAUCAUCCUUCCCUUCGCCGGUACUUCUCCGGCGAACCUCGCCGGCGAUUUCUCAUCCUUUGGUGAGCUUGAGUUCGAGCUUUUUGGGCAGAAAUUGUAGGAACUUUAGGGAAGGUGUUAUUGUCAGAGCUGAAGAUAAGGCCAGAAGCUCAUCACCUCCGCCACAACUUAAGGAGCUGAUAAAUUCAUCAGUAGAAUGUGAUCCAAUAUGCUCAGUUGAUGAAACAAGUUCCCAAGAUUUCGAAGCCAGUUAUCAGCCAAAGACUGAUUUGCUGAAAGCUCUUGCUAUUUUUGCUGCUGCUUUGACAGGUGCUGUAGCCAUAAAUCAUUCCUGGGUUGCUGCUAAUCAGGAUCUUGCUAUGACAUUGCUAUUUGGAAUAGGAUAUGCCGGGAUCAUAUUUGAGGAAUCUCUGGCUUUCAAUAAAAGUGGAGUAGGUUUAAUCAUGGCAGUAAGCUUGUGGGCUGUAAGAAGCAUAGGGGCUCCAUCUACUGAGGUUGCUUUGUCAGAGCUUGAGCAUGCCACUGCUGAAGUCAGCCAAAUCGUUUUCUUUCUGUUAGGUGCGAUGACAAUCGUCGAAAUAGUUGAUGCUCAUCAAGGAUUUAAGCUUGUCACUGAGAAUAUUACAACGCGUAAACCGCGCACCCUCUUAUGGGUGGUUGGUUUUGUAACCUUUUUUCUGAGUUCAAUUCUUGACAACCUAACAUCUACAAUAGUCAUGGUUUCUUUGCUGAGGAAACUAGUUCCCCCAUCUGAGUACCGCAAGAUUCUUGGGGGUGUUGUUGUCAUAGCUGCAAAUGCUGGGGGUGCUUGGACUCCCAUUGGUGAUGUCACAACUACCAUGCUUUGGAUUCAUGGUCAGAUAUCCACACUGCCCACAAUGAAGGCCUUGUUUAUACCUUCUGCUGUUUCUUUGGCUGUCCCAUUGGCCCUUAUGUCACUUACAAGUGAAGCUAAUGGAAAGGCAACAAAAUCUUCUGGUGUCUUGGCAUCUGAGCAGAUGGCACCUCGAGGGCAGCUUGUUUUUGCAGUAGGUAUUGGUGCUUUGGUCUUUGUUCCUGCGUUCAAAUCCCUUACUGGUCUGCCUCCGUACAUGGGCAUGCUUUUAGGACUUGGUGUUCUCUGGCUAUUAACUGAUGCCAUUCACUAUGGUGAAUCUGAAAGGCAGAGACUGAAAGUACCUCAAGCUUUGUCUCGAAUUGAUACUCAAGGGGCUCUUUUCUUCUUAGGGAUUCUUUUGUCUGUUGCAAGCUUGGAAGCAGCAGGAAUCCUUCGGGAGCUGGCAAAUUACCUUGAUGCUCAUAUACCAAAUGUUGAACUUAUUGCCAGCGCAGUAGGUGUGGUUUCAGCGAUUAUAGAUAAUGUUCCUCUUGUUGCGGCAACAAUGGGAAUGUAUGAUGUAACUUCAUUUCCGCAAGACUCUGAAUUCUGGCAGCUAAUUGCAUAUUGUGCUGGUACUGGUGGCUCCAUGUUAAUUAUAGGAUCUGCAGCCGGAGUUGCCUAUAUGGGCAUGGAAAAGGUUGAUUUUUUUUGGUACUUCAGGAAGGUGAGUGGUUUUGCUUUUGCUGGGUAUGCUGCUGGAAUUGCAGCUUAUUUGGCUAUACAUAACCUUGAUAUCUCCUUGCCUACUACACUCGCUCAUGUCCCGUUCCUGUCCGGAUGAAUUUCUUCCCUAGAAGCCAGCAACUUUGAUAUGCUUGAAGCAAGAACUCGAGCUAGACACAGUCUGGAACCUCUAUUGUUGAAAUUCAAAGCAAUUGUGAAUAAGCAGAGGCACAUAGUAGAUAAUGUUGAUUCUGUUUCCAGGCAACAUUUCACUUCAUGUAUGUAAUUCUUUUGCUAAGUAGAAAUGGGGGUCAGAUGAAUGAGAAUUACGGGAAGCUUCCCAAGCUAUACGUCAAGAGAUUAGCUAGGUUGAUAGGAAAUAAAUCCAGCAUAGCUUGGAUGUUAUUAUGCUUUGAAAACAAAAAUCUUAAAAAAAAAUAACUAUUAUUCUGAUGAUUUUAAGCGUUAAAAGGCUAACGAUAACUAAUAUCGUUCUAGUCGUUCAGUAAUUAUGUUUUGCAAGUUAUAGUGGAUUACAGCUGAAAACUCUGAGUAUACAUUCUUGUUUUGGGAAGGAAAUUGUGGGAAAUCAAACUAUCAUAUAAAAA